GAUUUUGCAAAGGCUAUAAUCAAUUUCGCUUAGUUGAAUCAUUUUUAAAAAAUAAUAAGCUUGAAAAAACCUGUUCAAAGUGUAGAGAUAAAAAAAAUAGACAAAAUGUGCAAAAACGUGCUGCUACAGAUGCUCAAGCACCUCUUGGUUAUGGUGUAAUGGAUAAUUUUCUUGAUAUUUUAAAAACUAUGAAAG